UCGUGGAUUGACAGUCGGGUUACUGUUUUUCUGGAUGGACUGCAGGCGUGCGCGGAGUUUAAGAUUAGAGAUCCAACCAGAAGUGACGACAACGAAUAUCACUCUAGGGUCUGGAAAAGACACCUUCGAAGGAUACAUUGUCAAGCCAGGCGAUGGGCGUGUCAAGGCUGUCACAAUCCUUCUCCCAGAUGUAAAGGGGAUCCUAGGCAAGGGAUCGCGUGCAUUUGCAGUACGACUUUCGUCCAGAAGCCGCUAUGCGGUUGUGGUUCCUGACUUAUUCAGAGGGAAUCCCUUUCGGCAGGAGGCAGCAACUGCCACUCUGGAAGACUUCAUGAAAUGGCUCGUGGGUCAUCCUGCGAAUAGAGUUGCAGGUGAUAUUGAUACAACAAUAUCCUAUGCGGCCCAGACAUAUGGGAAACUGCCGCUUGGUAUCCUGGGCUUCUGUUUUGGAGGUGGGAAAGUUAUGAGCACACUUGGAAGGGACCGCGGUGCGAACAUAAAGGCAGGGGUGAGCUUCUAUGGAACUCCAUUGAAUGUUACAGACGCUGUAAACAUUAGAGCACCAAUCUUGAUGAUACUAGGGGGAAAUGAUUCUUUUGUCGAUCCUGAGCCGUAUUACGAGGCGAAAGAGCUCAUGGACUCCGUUCCUUCGCCUGUGCCAUCAAAGAUUAUCGUUUAUCAAAACAGCCCGCACGCCUUUGCGCAUGAAAUCCAGAGAGAGCACUUGAUAGUGUUCCUGGUACACAGAGAGAGCACUUGAUAGUGUUCCUGGUACACAGAGAGAGCACUUGAUAGUGUGUGACUGGUGCUGACGGAACCAUCAGUUGUGACAGCACCUGAUAGUGUUCCGGGUGAGGAGCGUAAACCAGAACCUGUACCAGGACAUUAGGUGGAGGAGGAGAUCUGUGAUCUUGGCGAAAGAUUGGUGAGCCAGUUGUUGGACAUGUCCCAGGUGCCGAAAACAAUUUUGCCUGCCCGUUGGAAAGGUGGGGCUGCAGAUUUUGGGAAAGGACCGCUAGUACAUGGGCCCAGCAUUGUGGAGUUGUUCAUCACCUAUGCCGACAGUAAAAUAAAUCGGCGGCCGUUGUCACGUUUUGGCAAUCUGAAACCGGCCCGUGGCCGAUGUAUGGCAUGUACGGGUGGUUUAAGAUUCACAACUUCACACUUUAACAUGUCACUUUAAGAUUCGCGGCAAUUUUCCAGGUGGGAUCUUCGCUGGCAUAUGGCAAAAAGGGUAAAGAUCGCUGUGACUUAAAUUACUUAACAAUUAUCAACAUGAGAAGAUGGGUAUUGGCUUUCUGGCAAGUUUCUGCGCCUUUCACACAGUAGUGAAUGCUAGUUGGUAUGCAGCACUGCUAGCGGUCAGGAUGCAACACUUUGUUUUAAGAAUGGGGUAGCCGCUAACUUUGUUAUAGACAGGAUUUGAACACUAGAUCUGUUUAUCAACAGGUAUAUGCAUGUACCAUUUGGCAACCAGCGUCAGGUAUUGGGUGCAAUAUUAACAUGUAAUAGCCACUGCAGGGAAGUGUGUCUGUAGGCUUAGAAAAUAUGAGUAAUGAAAAUCACUGCAGCUU